AUGCAUCCCCUUGUUUUUCUGUUGUUGGGCGCCAUAUCGGCAGCUUCACCUUGUCAGGCACGCGAUAAACCGUUUGACAACCUGAUCACGUUUGGUGACAGUUUCACGGACAACGGCCGUCUUCGAUACUAUUUCUUGAACGCAGCCAACCCUCCCCCGCCAGGUACCAUCCACCCUGAACUCAAUGCAACGGCCAGCGGUGGCCUCGCAUGGGGUCAGUUCGCUUCACGGGCCGUGGGCUCUAGAUAUUUUGACUACGCCGUCAGCGGUGCUGUUUGCUCAAACAAGAUAACCCCUCGUUAUUUCGCUGGUCUCAACAGAACCUUCCCCUCGGUGCUGGAAGAUGAGCUGCCAUCGUUUGUGGCAGACGCGACAGUUCCUGGUGACGUGCUUUAUGCAGGAGACCGCACGGCAGAGAACACUGUUUACGCCUUGUGGAUUGGGACCAAUGAUAUCGGUCAGAAUGCGUUUUUGACCGAUUCACAGGUCGCCGGGACGAAUCUCAGUACCUUCAUCGAUUGCAUCUGGGAGGUCUUUGACGGGAUAUACGCCGCUGGCGGUCGCCGUUUUGUGCUACUGAACGAGGCACCCCUCGAGCUGUCCCCGCUGUACGCCCCUAGCGGGAUCGGUGGCUCCGGGGACUCUACGCUCUGGCUGAACAAGACGACCUAUAAUGAAACUGAAUACAGUCAAAAGAUGAUGCAGUACACAAGCACUGUCAACACUGUCUUUGACUACGGCGUGCCGUUCAAUUUGUUGGUCCAUAGCCGGUGGCCCAAGGUAGAAUUCUCCAUCUUCGACGUCCACAGCCUCUUGACCGAAAUUUCCAACAACCCAGAGGCCUACCUCGAUGCACCGACAAAUUCGACAGGCUUCUAUCACUACUGCCGUCCGCAGAACAGCUCCGACUGCACAAAUGCCGCCGAACCCAGUUCGAGCUUCAUGUGGUAUGAUGAGCUGCACCCAUCUGAACGGACUUCAUCGCAUAUUGCGGACGAGUUCCUUCAGGUUCUGGGCGACAAAUCAGCAUACGGAAAGACCUGGGUGUCGUAGUAGAACGGAAACCAAAGGCCAGUCGGUAAGCACGGGGAUCAUUCAUUAUAUUACUGAAUCCCUGGCUCUAUAACGACAUGCAACAGGGGCACAUCUAGAACUAGAAUAGCCAGUAAUAUAGUAAGAGAGAAACUCUUUGGCAGAAAGGGCCAACCGUUCAGAGACAUUGG